AUUAACAACACACACAACGCAGAAGAAGAAAACCCACUACACACACACACACACACUCGAGCGGACAUUAGGAGCUACUUUACAAGUCAAAGUGUGACAGAAGCAGACCUGCCAGGUAGUAUCUCUGACAGAGCAGGAGGAGAGGCAGGUGGAGAGGCAGGGUCACAGCCAUGAAGGUGCUGAAUAAGGAGGAGCUGAAGAAAGCCGAGGAAGUGCUCAGGCAUUACUUUCCCCAGUCACAACAGCAGGGGCUUUGCAGAAUCAUGAAGGCGUUGAGCAAGCACGAGCUGAAGAAGGCUGAGGAAGCGCUCAGACAUUACUUUCCCCAGUCACAAGAGGUGUAUGGGUGUGUUGCUAUAAUUAAUCGAGCAGAAAUUGACCCCAGAGAUGUGCUGGUGGACCGGUGGCCAGAUUUCAGUGUGCUACUUGUUAAACCAAAACCGCAGCAGAAACCAGACUUUUUUAAUGAUGUGAUCGUUUUUACUAAGGACGAAUCAUGUCUCAGGAACAUACUAACCAGGACAGACGUUCUAGACUGGAAGCAGUUCAUCAGUCUAAGUAUUGACCUGCAGCAAGAGGAAAUGUUAAAGGCUGUAGCAUUGAACAAUGGUGUACCAAUUAACAAAAUAUGUACCAGCCACUUAAUGUGCCUGGAGGAUCCAUCCAACCUUCCAACUGACAGGUUAUCUAUUCGAGUCUCAUCAGUCAAGGAGUCUCAUGUUGCUCUGAUCAACAGCACAUGGAAGUUCGGCAUGGGUGAAUUCACUGAGCCCCUGGUCAGGUGCAUGAUCUUGAAUUACCCUUCAUGUUGUGUACUUGACUCAGAGGGUCGGCCGGUGUCAUGGCUAUUGACCUAUUCUAACUGUGCGAUGGGAGUUCUGUACACACUCGCAAAGCACAGACGGAAAGGCUACGCCAAAGCCCUGAUCACCAUAUUGGCAAAGAAACUGCAUUCAGAGGGCUAUCCAGUGUACUGCUUCGUUGAGGAGGAGAACCAGUUGUCCUACAGGCUCUUUAAAGGUUUAGGCUUCACUGAGGAUCUGUCUUAUAUGAAUUCUUGGUUUUACGUCAAUCAGUAGUCUAUGACUCCAUAAGAGGUUUGGGACAAGGAACAUUCCUGAUUGCAUGACUGAAGGGUGUGCUCAGCACACAUUCACUAUCUUAUCCACACGUACCCCAUGAUUGGUUGGCCGUCCCGUCCUCCUUUAUCAUAUCAUUGUUCUUGCAUUAUGUAAAGCAAAUAAAACCAUGAGAAAACAACUCAGUGUUUAUUAUGUUGUCAGUUGUUAAUGUUCUCUGUAAACUAACAGACAAAUUGUUGAAAAAAUGUAACAUUAUAUCUCCGUUUUAAAAGUUGACCUGUUUCUCUCAUUUACAGAAACCAGACUUUUUUUUUUUAAUGAUGUGAGCAUUUUUACUAAGGACAAAUCAUGUCUCAGGAACAUACUAACCAGGACAGACGUUCUAGACUGGAAGCAGUUCAUCAGUUUAAAUAUUAAUUUCGAACUUCUUGUUACAGCAGUACAAACACUUUCAACCCGCUAACAUAUCUGUAUUAAAUCUACAUAUCUAUAACCAGGGCCGGUCAAUCCAUUAGGCGUCAUAGGCAGCCACCUUUGGGGCACAGCCCUACCGAAUCCGAUUAACAGUACCGAGCCACAUUUAACGGUAACUAGGGGGCACCAACAAACCAAUUUGACCAAACAAACAUUCUGAGAUAAUAAGACAUAAGGUAUUAUUAGCUCAGAAAUGUUUGUUUGGUCAAAUUGGUUUGUUGGCGCCCCCUUGUGCCGAUGUAAAUAAGAGUCUUCUACACUCU